AUGCCCCACCUCUUUGGUCGCUCCUCCGUGUCCUUCCUGGAACGAUUUCAGUUCCUGCAGCGCUGCAGACACGGCGAACGCGCGCGGCGGAGUCGGGUACCGACAGACGCUCUUUCCCUCAUGGACGUCCUGCUGCAUACCAACAGCAUUUUCACCAUUUUUUCCCGCCUGAAACAUUCCCUGGAUGCUGCACAGACCAGCGGUGGUUCACAGGAGCAGAUGGCGGGGGACAAUUUGGCACACGCCACGUCUCACCUGCAGGAAGACAUGUCAGACUUCGACAAUGGGCUCUCGGAGGAGGUGCUGGGGCCGCUGCUGCUUUCUUUUCUUAGUUUUUACCUCGAUCAUAGCAUUGGCAUGGCGACCAUUCGUCGCGCCUUGUGCGCGCUGUUUGAGACCACCCCGUACCUGCGCGAGGUGGACGAGGACACCGAAGUGGAUCCACCGCUGAGGUCGAACAUUGCCCUGCUGCUGUUGAACCUCUCGCGGGCUCUCCUUUGCAGUCAGGCCGAGGGGGAGAUUGCCCUGAGGACGGCCACGCGAGAGGUGGAGCGCCGGCCGGUGUUGCCCUUUCUCCCCUGGCUGCGAUCAAGCGUGGAGCACGCAACGCAGAAACCAACCUGGUACUGGUGGGCCUCGCAGGACCCGCGCACCUUGUGCCACCUCACAGGUGUUGUGUCUGUGUGCCGUAGCCCGAGCUGUGAGGUGGCCGCCGAUGCGGACGCCAUUUCGGUGUCAUACGGUGCUUGCAGGGCUGCGAGGAAGCGCGGGCGCGAGGCAUGUAACGACGCUGCGGAGGCGGCGGCAUGGAAGCAUAGGCGGACCUCCUCCGAGUCGCAGGCUCAUCGGAGUGAUCCAGAGUUCUCCGCUUGCAUCGUGUUCCUUCCGUACGACGUGCAGGAGAUUGUUUUGGCGUAUCUUUCGCCUCGCGCCCUAUCCGCUGCGGUUUCCGUCUGUAAGGCUUGGCGGCUGCUCAUCGAGCAUCGGUCCCCUACGCUGGGGCUUUACCUGCUUUCCGGCCGAGCCGUGACGCGGGUGUUUCUUCAGUUUUUUGAGGAUGACUGGGGAAAGGCGUGGGUACGGGUGGACGAGCUGACCACCUUUCAGCGAAUUGGACUGCAGCGCACGUACCUGCGAUUCGCGCAGGAGCGUUUGCAACGACGACGUGCCUCUGCGGCGUCGCUUGGCGACUUUGCCGUACGCCUUCACGGCGAUUGUGGGACGGCGAGCCCGCUGUGGCAACUGUUAGAGGGGCUUUGGAACGCCAUUGAGGUGGAAAUGAAACUGCUUCCGUUUCUGGCCCUCCGCGAGGUGCGAUUCCCCUCGCUGCUCUGUGACGGGGUGCCUUUGUGUUGCUGCCGCACCAUUUCGCAUGGGGCAGCCCUGGUACAGAUGAGGCAGGCACUGGCGUCGCUGCGGAGCUCCGACCAGCCCUACCUCUCACUCGUUGAGGAACUCCUUAGACAAUGGUCGGUGCUGCGUGGCGUGGCGCAUGCACCGCCAGCGGCGUUGCCCUAA